AUGGGUGACCGGAGUGGUGGCGCAGGCGGCGGCGAUGACCGGAUCAUGUAUCCGUCGCUCACCGCGACCAACUACACUAGUUGGAGCAUUCGCGUCCAGGCGAUCAUGGAGGACCAGGGGGUGUGGGAGAUCAUGGAGCCGUCGGGGGAGUCGUCGGAGCAGGGUGCGACGGCGGCAAUGGCGGCGAAGGUGAAGGACAAGAAGGCUCGGGCGCACUUGCUUCAGUGCUUGCCUGAUGAUCUUCUGAUGCAAGUCGCGGCAAAGAAGACUGGGAAGGAGGUCUAG